ACAUACAUGAAUUUUCUUUCUUGUUUAGCGGGGCCGUGGGGUGAUAUAAGGAGUUUGAGACAAACAAAAUCCUUGCAAAUUUGGCAUCCCGAAACUGACGAGUUUUCGUUCACCCUGCCCACCGCGAAAGGCCACCGAAUCGCCCCCUCCCUCUAGAGGUCCAGCCCGCUUGCCGCGCCGGCUCCGGCGCCGAGUUCCCCACACGUCCAAACCCCUAGUCACAGGGGCAGUCUGCGCGUUGGUCAGGGGAGAUUCUCCGAUUCGCCGUCCCUAUCGAAUCGCGCCACCGCGAGAGAUCUGGUAAGAAAUUGGGUUUCAUCAUGGAGCAGGAUGCCCUGCUGGCUUAUUCUCAGCAAGCGAAGCUACCCUUGGCUCUGUUUAUUUUUGAAAGCAACAAGAAGAAGCAGCUCCUGUUUGACCCCUCCACCAAGAAGAUCCGUGGCAUAAUCAGCGCGGCGUUCGCAGAUGCCACCUGCGUGUUCGAGAAUGGCGGGUGGCUGCUCAUGCUCCAGCACAAGCAACUUGGUUUCCAGGAGCAGAAAGAGCAGACCAUCUUCCUUGUGCAUGCCAGCACCGGCAGGAGGCUGGAGCUGCCGGCGUGCUCUUCUGUCAUUGACGGGCCCUUUGUUUUCUACGUCGGCUCCAGUGAGGUGCCUCUGGUCGUCGCGUGCAUUGAGACCAUCUCCGGGGUUCCAACCGUCCAUGUUGCCUGCCCUGGAGACAUUUACUGGAGCGUCUACAAGAACAUGGAAGAUUGCAUGCACCUACCGCUGGAUCCACACAGGCGCAUCAAGUGCACCCUCAUUAUCGAUGCCGUCUUGCUCGGGAAGCAGGCCGUCUGCGUCGACUACCAUGGGAAGAUCUUGAUCUUCGACGUCACGGAGAUGAGCUGGAGGAGGACCGCUCUUUCAAAGAGGUGGAACGAAAGGGAUGCUCACUUCCUUGUGGCAUCCGGUGAAAAUGUUGUGCUCAUCUCGUGCCGUCGCUUUCGUGGACGGUUCUGUGAUUUCAAGUUCUUCAAGCUGGAUGCUGAAGCACUGGAGUGGUCGCCUCUAGAUGACGCAGAGCUUGAUGGUUGCAGCUGGUUUCUUUACAGAGGCCGCUCCAUCCUUGCGAGGGAGGAAGGCAAGAGGAAAGUCUACACCUUCUAUCCAAGCCAGUGGGGUGGCUCGACGCCGAUUGAUGCCGACAGCUCGAGGAAGAGGAAGGUAGCCCAUAUGAAGUCAUUGUCUUCCAAAGAGAAGUCGGUUACGAAUAUAUUCAUGCAUGAUUUAGAAGAUGGCGUCGUCAGGAAGGUUCUCCCGGCUUCAAUUGUGACCGAGGAACGGCAUUGGCUUCGGUCUAGUGUCUUUGGUUGAUCAUUUCAGUAAUCGUAUGUAAUAAAAUAUGUUGUCUCAAGUUGCAUUACGAAACUUGAGUACCAACACAAACUUGCAAAU